ACAAAACCAAAACCCUAAACCCUUCUUUUCCACGCCUCCUCCAUCUUAGGGUUUCUUUCUUCUGUUUUUCAACAAGUAACUUGUUUUCAGUUUUCAGUGAAUCAUGUAUCUUCAGUUUUACAUCAACGAUAACGGUGACAAAGUCUACACUACAAAGAAAGAGUCACCGGUUGGGUUAGCUACUCAAUCUGCUCAUCCUGCCCGGUUUUCUCCUGAUGACAAAUUUUCAAGGCAGAGAAUUCUUUUGAAAAAGCGAUUUGGACUGUUACCAACCCAGCAUCCAGCUCGAAAAUAUUGAUCAAUGUUCAAGCUUUAGCUAUUACAAUGAUGCAUUCAGUGCUUAUCAGUGUUGUGAUCUAUAGCUUGUGUGAAGUAGUUUAGUCAUUUAUGAUUCUGUUUUGAAUCAAUUUAAUCAAAAUCUUGCCCAAAUGUUAAGACUGAAGUCAAGUGGCAAAUAUUGAAGUACUGUGGAAUGAAUGAUUUAAUAUUAAUGAUUGCAAUCUAUAUGCUUUCCCCUGUUGGUUCUUUAUUUUUUA